GCGAACAAAGAUCGAUUUUGAGAAGCUCCGCUUCCCUAACUGGGGAUCGCAGGGUACAAAGAUCCGAAACUCCAUCUUGCUUCUCCUUCCUCGAAACCAUGGAGGAUCGUAAAUUCGGGAUUCGAGGUGAAAGGGAGUAAAAACGUUAUUUAGCUUAAAAUCCUGCGACUGAACAGCCCCAUAGUCCUCUUCAUCUCUUGUUCUCUCCUCUACGAUCGCAAUCUAUCUCUUUUAGACCACACCGCGCUUCUAAGCAAUGAUAAAGAGGCGAUUCCAUAAAGUCGAGCACGGAGACAAUAGCGGCACUUCCGAGUCAUCGUCAACGUCAGGCACUUCUGAGUCAUCGUCAUCGGAUGACUCCGACUCUUUUAAUGAAGUAGAUGCGGAGGAAGGCCGUGAUGUUGAAGAUGAGGAGGGAAGAAGGGGAGGUGAUAAGAACACUCUGCUUCACCGUUCUCCCGGGUCAGGGUAUGAAAGCGAGGACAGUUCAAAUAACCAGGGCGAUGUUGAUACCUCAGAGAUUCUUAUUAAUGAGGAAGAUAUGACUGGUGAUAACAUGAAAGACAGCAAGACAGUUGACAAGAUACCUUAUAAUGAAGUAGAGAUGGCUCAUGAAAUGACAGGGAGAAAGAUACAUCCAAUUCAGACCAAUAUUUCCAACUUUAUUCUUAAAUUUAAGUCAGUUUUCAAGUGUAGACUGUGCCCCAGAAUUCUCUGCUUAAAUGAAGACGCUGUUAGAGCACACCUCUCUUCCAAAAGGCAUGCGCGGUCCAAAAAGCUGCAUGACGAGGGUAGGCUGAAAUUAAUGUUAAACAGUGAUGGAGAACUUGAGGAGGAGCAGGAGACACAUGCUGAAAGGCAUGCUAGAAUUUUAGCUCUAUCUGAGAAAUCUCCUCCAAAAAAGAAGGACAAUGGGCGUAAGAGGAAAAAUGAACGGAGGAAGAAGAGGGUGCGCACUACAUCGAUCAAUGGAAAAUCAGAACCGUCCAUUAAAAAUGGCUCCAAGAAGAGGCGAACGGUGGAUACCUGAAGAGCCCUUUGAGGCGUUCUCCACCGCUCAUCCAUUGUGAUGGCUGGUUGCUUUCGACAGAUGAAUUUAUUUGUUUUCUUAUUUUUCAGCAGAGUAAAAUCUAGAAAAUUAUUUAUCCAAAAA